AUCACAGGGAAUGUUUUUGUGGUGGUUGCCAUUGCAGUGGAGAAGAACCUAAGAAAUGUGGCCAACUACUUGAUCGCCUCCCUGGCCGUGGCUGACCUCCUGGUGGCAGUCCUUGUCAUGCCCAUCGCUGCCGUCAAUGACGUGACCCACAAGUGGUACCUGGGCUCCAUCGUAUGCGACCUGUGGACCUCGCUUGACGUCAUCUGCUGCACGGCCUCCAUCCUCCAUCUCGUUGCCAUCUCCAUGGACAGGUACUGGGUGGUCACUCAGAUCGACUACGUUUGCCACAGACCGGCCAGGAGAAUCUUGAUCAUGAUAGCCCUCAGUUGGACGGUGGCCAUCGUCAUCUCCACCCCUCCGCUGUUUGGGUGGAAGCAUCCCUCCAGCGAUCCCAACCACACGGGCACAUGCCUCAUCAGCCAGGACGUCAGUUUCAUGGUAUUCUCCACACUCGGGGCGUUCUACCUGCCACUAAUUCUGAUGAUGGUCAUCUAUUAUAAAGUUUUCAGAGCGGCCAAGUCGAGAAUUCGUAAGCAGACAUUUCGAAGGAAUGAGAAAAAAAAUAGUAAAGUGGUUAUAAAGAAUGUCCACGCAAAAGUACUUGACACCGAUUCAAUGACAAAGAAAAACGAAGGUCAAGAUAAUGACCCAAAUUUCUCAAUAGCAGUCGAUAAGAAAAAUAAGAACAACAAAAUGAACAAGAACGUCAAUAACGACAGCCUGAAUGAGACGAACGACGAAAACACGAGUAGUAGCAGCCACAGCCACAGAAACGUCAACCUAAACUUGACUCCGGAGCAAAAGGCUAAAGAAAAACUGGAACAGAAAAGAGAGCGGAAAGCCGCGCGGACUUUAGCCAUAGUAACUGGUACUUUCAUCUUUUGUUGGCUUCCAUUCUUCAUACUUGCUACCGUGAAACCGUUCUGCUCCGAUAUAACGUGUAACAUUCCAAAUCAAGUGAUUGGCGUCAUCGGCUGGCUGGGAUACGUCAACUCUCUCCUCAAUCCGGUCAUCUACACGGUCUUCAACCCGGACUUCAGAACUGCUUUCAAAAAACUGCUCUUCAGAAGAUGUUUCCACUGCAGCAAUCUUUCAUGA